AUGCCAAAGCAACACGUCCUCUUUGGACGCCCCGUCCCCCGCGUCACCUUCCCGCUCAUCGCCGUCGGCCUCUUCGCCGUCUUCUCGCUGCUCUUCACCCUCCCCAGCAGCAUCCCGACGGGCCCGAACCUAUCAAAGUUCGCUGACCUCAAGGCCUCGAUCCCCAAGUUCAGCGGCACGUCGACGUGGAGGGGCCGCUUCAAUCCCUUCAGCCCGCCCUCGCACCCGCCCCCGCGCCAGAAGAACGACACGCUCGGCGAGUUCUCGUGGUACACCAACUGGAAGUGGCUGACCACGCCCUUCUCGUCCACCAUCACCCUCGACGAGAACCGUUCGCUGCUGCCGCCCCUGCGCGCCCGACCCCCCAUCUACUGCUACUAUGACAUCACGUUGGAGAAGGACCAGGCGAGGAAGGAUGCCGAGAGCGCGCUGCUGCUCACCUGGAGGAGGGCCUGGUGGGCGCAGGGCUUCCGCCCCAUCAUCCUGAGCUCUGCCGAGGCCAAGAACAACCCCAUGUACGACGAGGUCCAGAAGCUCAAGCUGGAGCCCGCGCUCGAGACCGACUUUAUGAAGUGGCUCGCGUGGGAGAACAUGAACGGCGGCCUGCUCGCCCACCACCUGCUCUUCCCCAUGGGCCCGUACCAGGACCCGCUGCUCGUGUUCCUGCGCCGCGGCGAGUACCCCGCCCUGACGCGCUGGAGGGACCUCGACGACGGCCUCUUCGCCGGCCCCAAGACCAACAUCGGCGCGGCCAUCAAGCAGGCGCUGGCGAACCCCAAGCUCGGCGCGGCCAAGGACUUUGUCACCACGGCGGCCGUGGACAAGAAGGACGACGUCUUCAGCGUCGAGACGGCGGCGCCCGCGUCGCUCGCCUUUUACUCGGAGAAGAACAUGGGCUCCAAGUACGGCCCCGUCGCCAAGGCCAUCACCGAGGACCGCGCCAAGGGGCUCGGGCAGCUCGACCGGCUCGUGGCGGCGCACCUGCAGGUGUCGUUCCAGAACGUCUUCUCGGACGGCGUGGCCGUGCUCAAGCCGCUGCCGCUGCCGCCCCGCUCUGUCGCCGCCAUGCUGCAGCCCGCCGCCCUGGUGUCGACGCCGGAGCGCUACUCCAACGCCACGGGCGUCUACACGGUCGGCACCGUCGCGCACCCCUACACGCUGCAGACGCUGUCGAGCGGCCGCGCCUCGCUCGACGUGCACUGGCUCCGCCGCCGCUCGGUCCGCGACGCCUUCCUGGGCACCGUCAUGAAGGGCGUCGUGCCCGACGCAGUGUCGUCGGGCGCCCGCGUGCUGCGCUUCAAGGACGCCGUGGCCGGCGAGGCCGGCGCCGGCCGCGCGCUCUGGAUCCCCGCCGAGCGCGACCUGCCCGACGACCUCGAGUGGCACUUUGGCUUCCCGCUCGGCAACGCCACGGCCGCCGGGGCAGCGGCGGCCCUGGUCGUCGUCGACGGCAGUGGGCCCACCACCACCACCACCACCACCACCACCACCACCAACCCAUCAGACCCGAGCGAGGUGGGCCUGCUGGACAAGGCCAAGAAGAUCCGGUUCAGCAAGGAGCCGGCCGACCUGGCCAUCCGCGCCGCCGUCGAGGCCUGGAACCUGGCCGACACGGAGGCCUGGCGCUUCGCGAGGGCCUUUGUCGAGCGCUCCGUCGUCGAGCGCCGCAAGUGGGAGGACGAGGAGAGCAAGUACGCCGGCGGCGUCGGGUCCGACAAGAGCCGCCGCGAGAGUUCUACUGGUGAUGGUGGUGGCACGCUCGGCAGGUGGUUGGAGAAGGAGUGAAGGGUUGCGGCUGGAAUAGGUAAACCCAGCAGCCCGUGCAAGCGCAUGAAACCAGCAGGAUUUGAUCAUCAGCGGAACUAUGAUGAUUAGCGUUUUUUUUUUUUUCUGUAUUUUUGGAGCCAUAUCCGGCCGGAGUCGAGGUUUUUGUUUCUGGCUUUUGUGUGACGGCACCGGCAGAAUACAUCAGGAGUUUAUCGAGAGGGGGUAUGCUAUGCUUCCUAGAUGCAACAAGCAACGAAAAUACCUAGGUAGUCGACCGGCGGCCGAACUUGUCUACGGACUAAGCGGACGGACCGAGACACGCAGCUAAAAAGAGUGUGUUUUGUACUCUGACAAUCUCUGGCUACAAAGUUGUACUAAAGCGAGUGUGUUUUGUU